AUGCCAGACUGGGAUCACGCGGAGGUCCGGCAGCCCACUUUUGAGAGGACAAACAAAGGGAAGGUCUCCGAGUUGGGAAGUCAUGCCUUGACCUGUACUCACACCGAGCGGCAGUACAGACUUUGGUGGUCGGUGGACUUGGGCAGACAAUACUCCAUCUCGGUGGUGGUGGUGAAAAACCGGCAGGACUGCUGUGGAGAGAGGAUCCGCGGGGCCACGAUCCGUGUGGGACAUCGCAUGGGUGACAUCAGUACAAGCAGCGUGGCAUGUGGAACCAUCAAAGACCUCCGAAAAGGAUCCCUCAGUACCAUCUUCUGCAAUGGAGCCGUGGGCCGCUACGUAACCAUUGUCAUCCCUGGACGGGAAUCAAUCCUGACUCUAUGUGAGGUGGAAGUCUAUGGCACCAAUGCACCGCCCAAUUGA